AUGGUACACUCGGGUAAUUACUCCCAGAAUCUCAGAAUAAUGAUGGAAAAGCCGAUGCGGAAAAGAUCGAAUGGCCGAGGCCACCACGUUGCUCUUUGUCAAACGAUAAUUACAAUCGGUGGUGUCGGAAAGAUCCUGGCGGAGAUAGUCUUAGAGAAGAAUGCGAUUACACAAAUCAUUGGGGAGGGGGGAACGAGGGGCGAGAAAAAGACGGAGCAGGAGGAAUACGCCAACGAGGAGCGACACAGAGGUAUGGCCCCAGUACCACGAAAUUCCCUCAACGUUUCCUCAGCGCAAAGCAUUGUACCUGACAGGGUCAUUCCAUUGAUGAUCGUCAAGCAGCAAGGCACUACACCCGAACGACCGACCUCCGCACCCACACAUCGCCGGCACCCAUUAACACAGACCGGCGGCAUGUCACCGAUCAAUCGCAGUCCUGGUGUUAGAGUAAUUGGUCCGCCUGCACCGAGCGACGACCGCAAGCACCGGGAUUUAUUUGCAGUUGUAAUGCCUCCUCUCGGCUGGCGUAAGUCCGUUGAUGGCGCCAAAGGCAAGAAGAUCACAACCAACCAGGAUCAAACGGAUACCACACCAGUGUUCAACAAACCACCUCCAGUCCCUGGACUUGCUGGCGUCGCAAUUGAAGCCCUGGGUGUCACAUCUUUAGGAAUAGUCAAUCCAACACAGAGUCAACCCACGCCUGUCGAAGAUAGCGAAGCUAUGGACAUUGACGAGCCGUCUACCGAAAACUCUACGCCUGCCCCUGGAGCCUCUGCUAUCCCGACUGGCUCAUCAAGCAACGCGGAGAUGACACCACCGGUCCGGUCUAUUAGGCUUAAACUAAAAGUAAAAGAUACGAAAGCACCAAGUCCACCUCCUGAGCGCCCUACUGGUCGAGGUCGGGUCGGGGCCGGGGUCGUGGUGGAAGAGGCAGAGGAGGACGGGGGCGAGGAGGAAGAGGCAGAAAAAUCGGAAGAGUCUCCAGCGGAGGAACACGACUCUCCUGAAAGUGAUGCGAGCUCUGCAAUGGGCGAAGACGAGUUUCCGAGGCCAGCUUUUGAGGAUGCAUCUGAACAGCCCGAGGAAGGGGACACAAUGAUCGAUGCAAACGGCGACGAAGAUGCGGACGAGGAUGGAGAUAUCGAUGCGGACGGAGAGGUUGACAUAGACCCAGAUGUGCCGAUUGACUCGGAUGAAGACGCCGGGUCGUUAUUGGACAUGGAUAUGCCUGACCAGACGAUUCCAGACUCGGACGGAGAUCCAGACAUGAGCAUGAUGUCCGUGUCGUCUAAACGUCUAACUGCUAGACAGGCAGCGUUAAUUGCGGGAGGCAGCGAUGCAAAGCAUGUUAUGUUGCCCGAAGCCACAGGAAGAAAGGCUCAGAAGACUGAAGCCGAAAUUGCCUUGCGGAGAAGUGAGACGGCUCGAAAACGAAAACACCAGGACGCGCAGCGGCUUGAAGAUGAAAAGACAGAAACGAUAAACCGGUUGCUCAAGAAGCAAUCCGUCAGAGCCCGCAAUAAGAAGGCCUUGGAUACCCCGGUGAAUGAAGCUGUGGCUCCAGGAGAGGAACCCGCUGUAACCGCUGUUGUGGAUAACCGGCCUCGAGUUCCGUGUUACCGUUGGGUGAGCUCGGCACGGGACGCAUCGCCCACAUUAUCUUUCUCAGUACCAGAAAACAUGGCCGAUUUCCCGCACGAGCCCAAUGCAAGCCUGCUCGCAGCGUCGGCCCAACCCGUCAUCCGUCCAGUUGCCACAUGCGCUGUGUCCGGCUGUACUGCUCAACGAAAGUAUCGCCUGUCUGGCGCCCCAAAUUUUGAAACUGGAGCAUGUGGAAUGGAUCAUCUAAAAUUACUCAAGACCCAGACCGUUUGA